UGGUGACAUUGCCCCCACUGAAACUCACCUAUCUUUAUUAUACCACCAACCUUCCCUCUCAUUUUUCUUAAACCAAAAUAAUUCUUCUUUAAUACUUUUCAUGACCACCAUGUUGGAAUCUCUUAUGCUUUUCCAUUUUCUCUCGCUAAUCUUGCUCUGUUGUAUCUCCCCUUCAAGCCCCUUCAGUGUAAACAUUGAUUACAGCAGUUAUGUUGCUUGUCAUCCCAAUCAGUCUCAAGCUCUCACUGAGUUCAUGAACGAGUUUGAUAGCAGCCAUUGCGACCUUAGCAAACCCUAUAAUGGAGUUUGGUGCGAUAAAUCCACCAGUGCGGUCACAAUGCUACAACUCAAGGCCUGUCUCAUUGGAACUCUAAAGCCCAGCAGUAGUCUAUUCAGGUUACAUCAUCUUCGUCACCUUUACCUCAGUCAAAACAACUUCAUCUCAUCUACACUUCCUUCUGAAUUUGGCAGUCUCAGCAGGUUAGAGUUCUUAUCUCUUUUCAAUAAUGGCUUCGUAGGCCAAGUUCCUUCCACAUUUAAUAACCUAAGCUUGCUUUCAUUCUUAGACCUCAAUGAAAAUCACUUCUCUGGAACACUGAAUUCCAACAGUAGCCUCUUUAAGUUGCACCACCUCCGUUUCCUUGAUCUAGGUUCCAACAACUUCACUUCAUCACUCCCUUAUGAAUUUGGAAAUCUCAAAAGACUAGAGUACUUGUCUCUUGCCUCUAAUGACUUUUUCGGUCAAGUUCCUCCCACAAUUAGUAACCUAACCUCGUUAUCCGAAUUGCAACUUAACCACAACCAGCUCACUGGUAGUUUCCCACUUGUACAAAAUCUUACCAUGCUCUCUCUUCUAAAUCUUGGUGAUAACCACUUCUCUGGAACCAUUCCUUCUUCUCUCUUCACCAUGCCUUUCUUAUCAUACCUUGAUCUGUCUGGAAACGAUCUCACCGGUUCUAUUGAAGUUCAUCACUCCCCUACCCCAUCUAGGCUCGAGCACAUGUACCUUGGGAAUAACCAUUUUGAAGGAAAAAUCAUAGAGCCUAUCUCAAAGCUCAUUCACCUCACACACCUAGACCUUUCUUUCCUAAACACAAGCUAUCCAGUUGACUUAAACCUCUUCUCCCCGCUAAAAUCAUUGUUGCACCUUGAUCUUUCCGGUAAUAGUAUAUCUCCAGCCAGUUUAAGUUCAAAGUCAGACAUCCCAAAAAGCUUGGAGAUUUUGAGAUUAUCAGGCUGUGGUAUCAACGAGUUCCCAACUUUCUUAAAAACCUUUCAAAAGUUGGAGUUUAUAGAAUUGUCCAACAACAGAAUCAAAGGGAAAGUCCCUGAGUGGUUAUGGAACCUUCCUCGUCUGACCACAUUCUCUAUUUCAAAUAACUUAUUUAAUGGUUUCGAAGGUCCAACGGACGUUAUGGUAAAUUCAUCGAUGAAGAAUAUAUUUCUGGAGCAAAACUGUUUUGAAGGAGCAAUUCCUGUUCUACCAGUCUCUAUCCGCAUGUUGUCUGCAAAAUUCAAUAAAUUCACAGGGAGCAUACCUCGUUCAAUAUGCAAUUGUCGAUCUCUCACUCAUUUGAAGCUACCGUACAACAACCUCACCGGUCCAAUCCCUCAAUGCUUGAGUAACUUGUCGGUUGUGACUCUUCGAAAGAACAACUUGGAAGGAAUUAUUCCUGACGUGUUUUAUAUCGGUUCUCCGCUACGGUCACUUGACGUUGGGCACAAUCGACUAACCGGAAAACUUCCAAGAUCUCUUCAAAAUUGCUCAUCUCUAGAGUUUCUAAGCGUUGACCACAACAUGAUUGAAGACACAUUUCCUUUCUGGCUCAAGGCUUUACCGAACUUGCAAGUCCUUACACUCAGUUCAAACAAGUUUUAUGGCUCUAUAUCUCCUCCUGAUCAAGGUCCUCUCGGGUUUCCAGAGCUACGUAUAUUUGAGAUAUCUGAUAAUAAGUUUAUCGGAAGCUUGCCACCAAGCUACUUUGUGAACUGGAAAGCAUCGUCCCUUACUAUGAAUGAAGAUAGUAGUCUAUAUAUGGUACACGAAGAAAUUAACUAUGGGGUAUUGUACUAUUUCAAUAUAGAGGCUAUAGAUUUGCAAUACAAAGGUCUAUCAAUGGAGCAAAAGAAGGUCCUUACUUCAUACGCCACCAUUGAUUUUUCUGGGAAUAGAAUUACAGGACAGAUUCCUGAAUCAAUUGGUCUCUUGAAAGCAUUAAUUGCACUCAACUUAUCAAACAAUGCCUUCACAGGCCAUAUUCCUUUGUCGUUGGCCAAUCUGAGUAAUCUUGAAUCACUAGACCUAUCAAGCAACCACCUCUCAGGUACUAUUCCUUAUGGACUUGGAAGCCUCUCGUUUUUGGAGUACAUAAAUGUGUCUCACAACCAACUCAAGGGUGAAAUACCACAAGGAACACAGAUUACUGGGCAAGCUAAAUCUUCAUUCGAAGGGAAUGCAGGCCUUUGUGGUCUUCCUCUCCAAGAAACUUGCUUUGGGACUAAUGCACCACCGACACAACCACCUAAGCAAGAAGAUGAAGAAGAUGAAGAAGAAGUGUUGAACUGGAAAGCUGUAAUUAUUGGGUAUGGACCUGGAGUGUUGCUUGGAUUGGCAAUCGCACAACUCAUUGCUUCAUACAAACCGGAGUGGCUCGUCAAGAUUAUUGGUCCAAACAAGCGCAGAAACUGUUAGGAAUGCUUUCUGUUUGAGUGCUCAUGUAUGGAAGCAUCUCCUUAUGUUUGUUUUAUCAUUAUCUGAUGUUUUGUUCUCUUUCAUUUCUCUAUAAAGUAAAUGGUGUGUUUUGUAGUAAUUUUCACACUGGAGUUGCUCUUCAAUCCUAGAAAUUUUAUGAUU